GAUUGCUGAUUCUAGAGUUCUUACCUUCCUUGUUGAACUAGCCUCUUGAGUUUUGAACAUCAACUCGGACCCCUCUCCCUUUUCACUGUCGAGCACUUUGGAAAAAACUAUUUGAGAAAAAAAAAAACUGAAAUAGACUCUUUGACUUCUUAAGUUUAAAGACUGAAGACCAGCUGUUGUUUUGUAGGUUGCUUCCCAUCUCUUGGAAACCUUUUUCACUCCCCAACACUGUGGAUGAGUGUCACAUCAAUCGUAUUACUCUUGGACUGAAUUGAUCACCUUGCCUCUUCUCUGCCCUGAGAUAGAGUGAGAAUAGCUUCUGUUGCCUCUUCACACGUCAUCACUAAGAACUGACACGUUCCGUUAACCCUAGGUAUGUAUCCAGUCAUUCAAUAUGCUCCCUUAUGUCUCCUCUGCCCAGUUUAUUUCUUUGCAGUUGGGUUGUUAACUUUAUGUGCAAUUCCAUAUGUGUGCAUGUACAGUAUGAGUGUGUGUUUUUCUUUGAGAACUCUAUUUAAACUUGGUCAAAUUAGGACACACUAAGUGAGAUGCAUGCCUAUCCUAGAAAUAGCACUGAGGGGCACUGCGUUGGAGCCAUAUAUGUUAUUCUGGUGUGUAUUCUGUGACUACAGCUGUCUUCUUUGUUUCCUCUCUAUCAAUGGUUUUGAUAAGCUGUAAUUUUCCACUGCACUUGGUCAGAGACAUAGCGACUCGAGACUGAGACAAUAGUCAGAGUGCUGUGUAUAUAUAAAAAAUAAAUGACUAAUAUAUAUAUAUAUAUAUAUAUAUAUAUAUAUAUCUUGUAGAUGCAAAGAUUUUCUUUUUAAUUAUUUGCUGCUUCUCAAAUAAUGUUUCAACUGUUGUAUUUCCUGGCAGUUUUCCAUGUCAGAUAAAAACUCCCUUCCCCUGACUACUGACUUCCUAACUGUCAUCACGUAUGUCCUCCUUUCUUCACUCAAAUUAUCGCUGUCACUCUUCAUCGAUGUUACCAUCCCUGAUCACCCUGAAUAGCGCCUCGAGUGAAUUAACAAAGUGAGCAGCUUCCUCCAAGAGAUUAGCAUUAAUGUGUCCUCCUUUGCCUUUGAUGGCCCCAACAUGUACUUUCAACAGAUCUCCUUGUUGCCUGCCAGACCUUGACCACCUGACUGUGUCAACUCGGCUGCUGUGUCCUGUGUGACAUUGUCAGAGAUGGUGAAAGUCCAUCUUUGUUUUAAAGUACUCUUCUUUGUGACAUCUAAAGCAGAAGUUGGCCUGAAACCCCAAUCAUGUCUAUUGACCUUAUACAGCAACAUGUAAUAGUUGACAUAGUUUUAAAUGUAAACAUACUGUAGAUAUAGACACUAUUUUAUUUUCAAAAGUCAACUUUUACAGCCAGUAUUUAACAACCUUGACAGUUAUGUGCCUUUCAAAACCCACAUAGCAACAGUAAUUAAAUGUGCAGUUUACAGUGACCGCUGACUCUUCUUUGCAGUUUUCUGGGUUGUUGUUUUGCUUGUUAAGUCUCGGUGGAUGACUUCCAAAUCAAGGCUGGAUCUGUUCCAGAGAACUAGGAACUGUUGUGUAUUAAGGGAGAGGUUUUACCAAAACAGAUGAAGGGCGGUAGCUGCUAGUUUUCUCUCCUGAUCUCUCUAUUGGUCCCCUCACUUUCGUUCUCUCACUUUCUUCCUGUCUCUCUGUGAACAUGGUUGUGUCUGUCGAGGUUACAUUUACAGGUGCAUUACAUCCACCUGAACCUUUGUAGCCUCAUAGCACGUGUGCAUGUCACUAGACACAUGUUGACUUGCAGUGAAUUCACCAUUAACACUUAGUACAGCGUUUCCCACUGAUAACGUCUCUAAAUACUCUUCACAUCUCCAAAUCGCAGGGGGUGGAGCUCUCGAUCUGAACGGAAAAGUACUGAGAGGCAGGGACUCGAGGUGUGGGUGUGUUUGUGUGGGUGUUUGUGUGAGUGUGAAAGAAUGUAGCUGUGGCUGUGGCAAGACGCACUUCUGCACCUGUAUGAAAUAUAAGGACAGAGGGAGCACUCAAAUAAGGCUCUCAUCACAGAGGAAAUCAACCCUGUUGCCCCUGUUGGCCUGCUUUCUCUCAGAGAGAAAGCUGUUUUUUCUCUCAGAAAGAAAGCAGGCCGUAGAGCCAGUGAACAGUGAAGACGAUGGGUCAGACAUUACUUAAAGAGGCAUUACAGGAAAAGCAAUCAGUGGAGCGACAUUAUGCAAUCAAUAACAGGCCAACUAUGCAAGACAAACUCAUUCUCACUCCAGUGUGACAAAUAAUGCAGCUUGGUCCGUGGCAUUAGGCUUCAAAAUCUAACCCUCUACCAAGUGGCAACUUGGUGAUGAGUAAUUAGGCCAACGCGGAAGUGCCAAACACUGCCCUUCUUCAAAUGGCAACUUGAGGCUGGCUGCAAAAGCGAGUCAAUCCUCAUAUACACGCAUGUUAAAAUGCCCAACUCAACAGCGGAAAUAAAUGCUUUGAACAUGGUACAAAAACAGUUUGGGGCAGUUUGGGGCUAAUUUCCAUGUUCAUGACAACUGUAAUUGAAGUUGGACAUAAUUAAUUAAGGUGUGGCCUACUUUGGGGGACAGAGGUUGCUAGCUGUCUGCUCUGCUUUGUCACUAGGCCCCCUCACCUCUCUGUAUGUAUAUGAGAAAAUGACUCUGCUUCUCACUUGAUUAAUGACCUCAGUAAACAUUGUGAACCUGAGUUGAUUGUCUCAAUGGCUAGUUUUAAGUCUUCAAUACAGCAUAAUGAUAUUGAGUAAAACAUGGUCCAGUUUAAAGUAAAAUAUAAAGCGGAGUAUGUUUUAGGGCGGGCUCACUGUGAUGACUGGUCGCUGCUGCUACCAGAGCUGUAUACAGCGUCUCUACGUCACGGCAAUCCAAAUAUGGUAAUUUCCGUUCACCGGUAGCAAAUAAUCAGAAUGGCGACGGCCAUAAUACAAGAUGGCAAUGGUGAAAUCGCUAAACAUCAGUCCACAAACCAAUGGGUGACGUCACAAUGACAACGUCCACAUCUUACAUACAGUCUGUUCACAAACUUAGAUUUACAGAACCAUUUAGUUAGGUUUGGUUAAAGAGCGUGGUUGACGUUAACUUGACCACCGCACGUCAGUCACACGACUAAUGACAAAAUGUUUACUUUUAGUUUCACACUGUAUGAAAGGCCUCUGUUUGUUUGGCCCAUCCACCUCCACACCCACUCACCAUGUGUGGACUAUCUUGUUUCUCUGCCAGUAAUGUCGCCGGUGGGUGCGUCAUAUAGACACGCUAAAUGUGCGUCAGUUUCAGACAGCGAGAGUUACUGGACACCUUGGAGAGCAAAUACCACAUUUGAAAUGCAAAUGAUUACCACAGACCUCUAGAUGGUGUCUACAUGAUUCAUGCUCUGAAAUAGAGACGUAAAGACAUGGCUGAUGUGCGAUGAGAUCCUUCUAUCCUUAUGGACAUCACAUUGAAUGGCGACGACAACGAAAAAAGUGUGAGUUCAUGUGAGUGUUUAGUGAAGGAGGGGAUGUAUAAUGGGAAUUUCUUUUUUACUCCAAAGUAGGUCAAUAGGUGUGCAUAUCCCUAAUGACGAAUCCCAGGUCUCUCUCUGCUCUAUGAAAUAUCUUGCAUGCUGUUACAAAGUGUGUAGGCUCACUAAAGUAGUCUGGACUGUGAAAAUCCUACCAAGCUAAAAAGAGCUGAGCAUACAGUUACGUAUAAGGAGAACGCUAAUUGCAAACAAAUUCACUCAUAAAGCUUCACAAAUCAACGUUUUACCUUAUUUAUGAAUCAAUUAGUAUGUAUACCGUUAAUGUCAAAUGGGUCACUCUCUGCGUAACAAAACCCAUGUUGGCCUGUUUUGGUUUAAUAUUGCUGUUCUCAUCAAUCUCAUUUACAGCAGCACCAGGAAGCUUUCAUUAGUGUUGUGGUUGUCGUGUGGGUGGAUAAAAGACGAUUUGGUUAUAUUUACAUAAAAUGUAUAUUUUCUUUUGCUUACAUUAAAUAUCUACACAGCUAACAACCAUAUUUUGCAAUACCAAGUUAGUAAGCUCUGGCAUUUUUGAAUAUUGGUUGGCAGAUAUAGCAAGAGUGUGUUGCUGAGACACAGAAAGAUCUCGAACAGUGGCGAAAGAAGUGGUCAUAAUCUGUAUUCACGUUCACUUCACCCAGUGUUAGUAGACUCAGGACCUGCCAUAGUCUCCUAAAGGGAGAGUGGAGAACCCCACGUGACACAGACACAGGAAACUGACUCUCAGCGGGGGCCGAACUGUCUGCUUUAACUCUUGCUGGGAGUCAUUACCCAGUUAGCCAGCAGGCUCAUUAUUCUUCGCGUGUGUUAAAGAACGCAUAAAGCUAAAAAGAGUAUAUAUAGGCCAAAAACAUAACUCUAAGUUAAUUAUAAUGUUAUGCUGGAUGUGUGAAAGUAACUUAUUGCUAGCACGUUAGCCAAAAAACACCUUAUUAGGCAGUAAUAUAUCAGAGCAUUUUAUCUGUGUCCAUGUAUUGGCUCCAAAUGGCUAAUAAAGUAAUUGAUGCAGCUUUAAGGAACUAAGUAAACAUUUAUUAACAAUUAAAGGUGACAUCUGUUGAAUUCAGAAACCUUGAGUUGCAUAAGGGAAAAUAUCUCUGAAGCAACUCCCUCAGGAAUUCAUGGCACUGAGACAAAAUGCUCUGAACAAUUCUAUCUUGAAAAGUUUAUUUGUUUUACAAGAGGAAAAUAAUACCAGCAGCCCACUUGACAUUCUGCCACUCCUUUCUUUCCAUAAAGCCACAUAACAAUUUCCCCUGGGUAGUUAUAACACGUUUAUUGUAUUCUCAGAAGUAUAGGCUGCUGGUGGUUUGAGGGGUAUCUGCAGGCUACUGCUGUUGUGUAUUGCACAAUGUAGCAUAUUUAUUUUCUGAGUAGGCUAUUGCACAAAUAUGUUCCCAACCUGUCCGUCAGCAGCAAGUAGACUAAGCAUUGAGUAUCAGACUUAUUGUUUGUUUGAAAAGGAAUCAAAGAAUCACAUUUGUACAGCUUUAAUACUGUAGAAAAAGGUAUUUUGAGAACUACUGCUUUGAUGCCAAGACAUUCAUGUCUGUUACAUCAAACCUAAUUAUGGAGCAUACUUCAUUGCAUGUAAUCGCUUGUAUCUACAGCUGUCAGAUCAAUGUGGUGGAGUAAAACCCAAUAAUAAAGUAAUUCUGAAAUGUUUUCAAAACAAAGACUGUAGUAGUGGACUGUAAUGUGUGUCUUACAAUUAGCUAUAAUGUUUUACAGAGUGCAGAUCUUGUGUUGUGAUCUAACAUAAAGAUGCAGUUUGAACACCGAAGUUUCUGUUAUGUAGAGGCUGCAACAAUAUGGAUCACGAAAGUCAUUUUUUUGUUGUUUUUCUUAACUUUUGGUGUCAGUCCAUUCCUUUCCAAAACAUUUCCUUUUUCCUCUCACUAUUCCCUCAAGGGGUUUUACAUGCAUUCUUUCCUCCUCGAGUUUUAUGAUGCAGGCCAAAGGUCUUUGUAUAACAAAGGUUUUUACUUUUUGGGCGGGGGGGCCAUGGCUGCUUUGUGUUUAUCACCAUGAAAAUGAUGGCUAUGUUUUUCUGUUUAUAAUAAAUCUUUAUUUUUCUAAGAAACUGCCUUACUAUGAUAUUUUAGAUAGAAAACUCUUGAGUCCCUCACAUUUUCUUGACAGAAUUAACACAAUUGGUACAGUAUGGUCAACAUAAGCCAUGUUAAUGUGUAGAGGGUGCAAGCAGGUGCAAACAAUUAGUUAAAGAUGAAUGCUUUCUUUUACAGACGCAAAAGCUCUUCUCAUCUAUUAAUCCUUUUUUUUAUUUUUUAAAGAAAACCAUCUGUCUAACAGUUUCAGUAACCACACACACAUAGGCACACAUGUGUACACACUAACGUGUUGUGUUCACUUCACAAUGUUUGGGUUCGAAACUCGGGCUGCCCAACCACUGAAGACGGGGGACAACAUCUGUCCGCCAUCUUUGUCAGUGCUGCAAGUAUUAUGGAAACACUCUCAGAAGUAGUUCAGGAUGGCUCUCAAUGUGCUGGGUCUGGUGGUGAUGGCGGGGUUUUACCUGCUGAUCUUGGGUACGGGCAUCUGGGCGUCCAUGCGUUCCAAGAAGGAGGAAAAGAAAUACUCAGGAGAUGGCAUGGAGAUGACGCUACUGGCCGGACGCAACAUCAACUUGCUAGUCGGCAUUUUCACUCUUACUGCUACAUGGGUGGGUGGAGGCUUCAUCCUCGGUAUAGCGGAGGCAACAUACAACCCAACGCUAGGCGCAGUGUGGGCUCUGAUGCCUGUGCCAUAUGUCCUGACCUUCUUCCUAGGUGGGUUUUUCUUUGCCAAGCCUAUGAGAGAGAACAAGUAUUUGACAAUGAUGGACCCCUUCCAACAGAAAUAUGGGAACGUUCUGAGCACUGCACUGAUCUUUCCUGCGCUGGUGGCUGAUGUCCUGUGGGUGGCACGCACACUUGUCAGCCUGGGUGGAACUAUGAGUGUGAUCCUGGAGCUGUCCUACUUCUACUCCAUCAUCAUCUCCUCAGCGGUGGCCAUCAUCUACACACUGAUGGGGGGGCUCUAUUCUGUGGCCUACACAGACGUCAUCCAGCUCAUCCUCAUCUUUAUCAGUCUGUGGGUGUGUGUUCCUUUCCUGUUGACCAACCCUCACUCUCUGGACAUCUCACUAACGGCCUACAACGAGACCUUCCAGGCUCCCUGGAUCGGCACGGUUGAGCCCUAUGAGGCCGGCAAGUGGUUUGAUGACUUCAUGUUGUUAGCUCUGGGUGGUUUGGCCUAUCAGGCAUUCUACCAAAGAAUCCUGUCCGCCUCCUCUUACACCCAGGCUCAAGUGACCUGCUACGCCUCUUCAGCCUUCUGCCUGGUGCUGGGUAUCCCCUCCAUUCUGGUGGGAGCUGUGGCUGCCUCUACAGACUGGAACUCAACCGGUUAUGGAUUACCCACCCCAUAUGAGCGCGACCAGGCAGGUUCCAUCCUCCCCAUCGCCCUGCAGUACCUCACACCGCCCUACAUCUCCAUCGUCGGCAUUGGAGCUGUAGCUGCUGCUGUCAUGUCCUCCAUGGACUCAGCUCUUCUGUCCUCUGCCUCAAUGUUUUCCUCAAAUAUAUACAAGAACAUCUUGAGAAAACAGGCGUCAGACUGUGAGAUGCAGUGGGUGAUCCGUAUCUCAGUGGUGGUGGUGGGUCUGGCUGGCACUGCCCUCACCUUUCUGGACAACAGUGUCCUGGUCUUCUGGCUUGUGGGCGUGGACAUGUCCUACACCAUCAUGUUCCCUCAGCUGGUCUGCGUCCUCUUCUUCAAGGUCUCCAAUGGCUAUGGAGCUUCCCUGGGCUACCUGAUGGGAAUCAUCCUGAGGUUACUGUGCGGCGAGCCCCUCAUUGGCCUCCCGCCUGCUAUCCAGUUCCCCGGCUGCCGAAUGGAUGACGAGGGAAACCUAAUUCAGUACUUCCCCUUCCGCACCGCUAUCAUGGUCAUCUCGCUCUUGUCUAUCCUGCUUGUGUCCUGGCUGAUGUCCAUCCUUUUCAACAAGGGUCUGCUGUCUGAGAGGUGGGAUGUGUUCAAGAUCAAACGCAAGGAGAAAUCAACAGCCACAGCCAUGGACGACGAGAGGAGCGACUCUGGCAACGAAGAAGCCACAACAGCUAAGCAGCUACUCGACACCACCAGCUUCUGAAGAAGCUUACGAGAGCAGAGAGAAGAUGGGCCCUGGCUGGAGGCGAACAUGUUUGAUCGUCUGCUAAGCAGGCGUUCACAGAGGGGGAACAAUGGCAAAGGCUGGAAAUUGCCAGUAUCACAGUGAAUUUGUAGCAAUUAUAUUUACAUGCACAAAGUGUGAUCUGAGCUACUCGCACCCUCCUACGCCUCAAUGUGUUAUCCAGAGAAUACCGUGAAAAUAGGUUCCCUGGCUAAGUUAUGUCAGCAGACCAGCUAUUAUUCCGCACAGCAUUUAGUGAAAAUAUUUGCACACAUAAAAGCCCAGCAUGAAAUGCCAGGGAUUAUGCUGCAUUAACUAUAUAUAUAUAUAUAUAUAUAUAUAUAUAUAUAUAUAUAUAUAUAUAUAUCAGUGAAUCGGAUGCACACAAAGUUCAUCCGUCAAGCCAAUAAUUGUAUUUAUAUUUGGAUAAAAAUUGAUUAAACAAGAUAACAAAAUGUAAAGUUUUCAAUAAUAAACCUUUAACCUCUUAUUCAUUAGAUACUCUAAAAACAAAUUUCUUUAUUUAACAGUUUAUUUUAAUGUGAUCUGUUCUCUUCUUUUCUAUAGUUGAUCUGCUACCUUAAUAAGCUCUACUUCACUGUGAUUCUUCUUUGAGUAUUUGUUAAUAUUAGAUCAUCAAUUCUCACUUCACAUACAACAAUUGCUAUUACACCAAUUUGAUUUUGUUUUAGAAUUAAAGACUGCGCUGUUUUCUAUUAUCAGACACUUCUGUUUUGCAGCAGUCCACACUCUGAAGAGGUUUUUUAAAAUUGUUUGAAAAACAAAUGUUUGUGCAAUGAGAGAAUAUCAGAGUUUUGUGAACUUAUCUAAGGUGUGAAGAUUCAUAUUUACGUGUACAUUUUCAGAGCAACGAUUACCACCAUUGCUCAAAUACUGCUCUGUAGACACCAUCGAGUUUCAGACUUUUUGUUUGUAAACCGCCCAGAUACUGAUAACUAAAGUGUCCCACCCUUUCUGACUGGAGCUGAGUUAUAUCACAGUGCAUUGAUGGUGGCUUUUCUAUGCAAGCAAUAUAAAAAAUCACAAACGGCUACCAAAAAACACGCACGCACUAUUUCAAUAAUUUAAAAUAACUGUCUUGUUGUGACUAGCAGCAGGGAGAAACAAAACUGCAGAACUUUAUCUCCCAGCAUGCUGCAAUUUGUAUUAGCCCAUUCCCUUCACUUGUAAUGUACUCACAUGAUGAAUAAUUGAAUGCAGUUGUUUUUCUACAACUGUAUGGAGAUAAAGAACACCAGGCGUAUGGUUCGAUUUCCUUCUCCAUUUUCCUCUCCAUCCGUGUGAAAGACGUGCAUUUCAGUUUGUCAGUGACUUUGUGCUGUAUUCUAUUUGUUUUUUAUUAAAUACUUUAUGCAAAGCUGUAGUUUACGGGUGGAACAUUAUUUCCUCUGUGGUGGUGAAAGUGUGCAGCUAAAUCCUUGAGAACUUUUUCAAAAUGGUGCAAAUUUGACUCCCUUUCUAUAAUUGGAUUUUGUCUUAGAGAACAGACUGUUAAAUGAUGCUAUGUUUUUUUUUUUAAUGUGUUUUUGUUUUACUGAGCCUUAUUGUAGUUUUGUUGUGCAAAGUUAUUCCUGUGAACAAGUGAUAGUCAGAAAGCCUUCCUCUCGCAUACUCACAAUUGGUCUGGUCUCACUUCGCUGUCAGCUGUUAUUUUUCGGGUCAUGGUAAAAGGGGUGCAUGGCACUGUUCAAAUACCUCAUGGAGUGGCAAUGUUGGCUCUAAGUACGAACAACGUUAACCUAAGAUUCUAACUUCUAUCCAAAGAAAACUGUAUGAAUGUCGUUUUCCAAAGACUGACUGCACAGAGCAAACUGUUCUCAAAACAGGACACAUGUAGGGCACAAUGCGUCCAUCUUUUUAAGCGUUAUUGUCAUUUUAACCUGUAUAUACUCUUGUAUACUGUACAUACAGUCCUUAUCAUCAUGGUUUGUAUAUUAACACUUUUUUUUAUCUAAGCCAAUCGCUAUGCUUUGUGAGUUCUAAAAUAAAAACACAAAAGUGUAUUUAUCUCAAGUUAGCGAUGUUUUUAAAGUGAAAUAAAUGCAUAAAAACCUGCAUUUUGCAGAACAUUAAAUGUAAUUUCACCUUCACACAUGUUUAAAUCUACGGGUGGCGGUUUAUUUGUGUCAGCAAUAAUUCUGAACAGCUGUGCGUUCAACACUAUCACAAGAAAUGCAUGGUACAUAUUGCUGAGUGUAAAUAUUGGCCAUUUAGGAUGAACACUCCAGCCUGAUAACGUCUCCAGAUAUAAUUUGAUGGAAGAAAACUUGCCAGCAGUCCUCAGCAAGCCGUCCACAAUAUAAUGAAGGAUGGCAAAGCCUUAAUAAUGGAGUCUAUCUUUAUUUUCAUCUGUGCAUUUCGCCACUUUUUAAAGAGAAAUGUUUUGUUUUCCAUGUGGGGUAAAUCUAGUAUCAUUUAUGAAAGUACCGAAUGGUUGUUAGUUUUACAAUAUCAAUAGGGAGUAUAUUGUAUUAUCCCUUAAUAUGUUUGUAUACUAAUAUGCAUGUUGAUUUACAUUAUCAAUGAUGUUUGUAUACUGAACUUUCGGGAAAGCUGUUCACUCUUGCCACUUGGCAAGGUCCAACUUGUAAUCAAUUAAUGGAAAAACCCAUGAGGUGAUGUUCUGUCAGAAUAAAGGCUGAUACCAAA